UCUUGCUGUUUAGGUUUUUGUACUGCAUCCAGCUCUGUGGCAUGAUGAGCAACUCACAGAAUUAGCAUGAAAUGAAGAUACAUCUCUCUCUUACUCCAUACUCGGGAGGGACUUAAUGUUGAUUUGGCUUUGUGGUGGUGUACAAAGUUUAGGUAAAUGAAAUGGGCCAAUCAGCAAGCAAGGAAAAAUGAAUAAAAGAUGGAUUCAUUGUGCUGGUGCUGGAUGGUCCCUUCUGGCCUUAAAUUCUAAAAAGGAAAACGGACGAUGCAUCACUAAACUGGAAAAUAUGGGGUUUAGAGUAGGACAAGGAUUAAUCGAAAGGUUUACCAAAGACACUGCCAGAUUCAAGGAUGAAUUAGAUAUUAUGAAGUUCAUCUGCAAAGAUUUUUGGACUACUGUAUUCAAAAAGCAAAUUGAUAAUCUAAGGACCAAUCAUCAGGGUAUCUAUGUACUUCAGGACAACAAAUUUCGUCUCUUGACUCAGAUGUCUACAGGAAAACAGUAUUUAGAAUAUGCACCUAAGUAUCUGGCAUUCACCUGUGGACUAAUCAGAGGUGGCUUAUCAAAUCUGGGAAUCAAGAGUAUUGUGACAGCUGAAGUUUCAGCAAUGCCUGCAUGUAAAUUUCAGGUGAUGAUACAGAAGAUGUAGAACAUGUUCAGAUCUGUGUAUCUGUCCUUUUAAAAAAACCCUGUGUACACUAAAGAUGUCUUGAUUAAUUUAGCUUCACUUGUAUACCUUAUAAAUUAUAGUAGCAUGCAGCACAAUUCCUGCAUUAUGUAAAGUAAAUAUUAACUUAAUAAAAAUAGCUUAACACUAUAUUAGUAUCUUGGUAUGAAAUGAGUACGUUCUGUACUAAGACAUUAAAUAUCCACCACAGUACACAUUCAAUUGAUUAAAUAACUUUAAUAAACACAUGCAUUUCA